GAUCGCACCAGAGCUCCAUCGCCUACCGACGAGCACACACUCCUUUGUUAUCGUGUUCAUUGCCUCUGUGUCCGAAGUGUGCUUUUUAGUCCAGUUUAUUUUUAUCAAUCCGCUAACGCAAUGGCCGUCAACGUGCAUUUCACCGGUCAAACGUCCGACAACCUGUCCCGGAUCGAGCUGCUAGCGUGGAUCAAUCGGACGCUGCUGUCGGACUUCAAGAAGGUGGAGGAGCUGUGCACCGGCGCCGCCUACUGCCAGCUGAUGGACGUCCUGUUCCCGGGCUGCAUUUCGAUCAAGCGCGUCAAGUACUGCACCAACGUGGAGCACGACUUCCUCAGCAAUCUGCGCAUGUUCCAGAACGCGCUGGUGCAGCUGAAGGUCGACCGGAGCGUCCCGAUCGAGCGGCUGGCCAAGGGGCGCUUUCAGGACAACUUUGAGUUCCUGCAGUGGUUCAAGAAGUUCUUCGACGCCAACUACGACGGCAAGGAGUAUGACCCGCAGGCGGCCAGGAACCACGUCCCGAUGGGCUACGGAACGCCGAACACCUUGCGGCCGAGUCAGAAACUCAACACGGGUUCCUCGGGCGGCCUGGGUGCGGCAAUGAAACGGGCCGGUUCCAAUGGUUCCACUUCGCGGCUCCAGGCAGCGGGAAAGGGAGGAAAGAAUACCGUCAGCGAACAGAAGGCUUGGGAAAAAAUCUCUACAUUGGCUUCCAACAUCGAUGAUCUAACCGUAAAAAUACAGGACGCUGAAAUUUCGAGGGAAUACUAUUACAAAAAGCUAGUGAUGAUCGAAAAGCUAAUCAAUGAAAAUACGGAAGAUGAACAGGACGCGUUUUGUUCCAAGGUGAAGGAAAUUAUGUACGCCACAGAAUGAUGAGAAUGUUUUACAAUGUGCAAAAGUGUUCCUUCUUCUUUUAACGUGUUUUUCUCUUCGAACAAAUCCAUUUGCAACUAGUUUGUCAGCGCAUGUUUGUUGCAUUAAUUUAUUUUUCUUUUAAUCAUGCUCAUCAAAACACUCAAUAAAUAAUCGGUAAUCGAAGGCGGUGCAGUUUUA